AUGUCAGAGCGAAGGUCCUGGGCAUCCUUUGCUCCCCAUGACCACGACUACCCCUCCGCCACUACCAACAACCCUGAUGAUGCUGCCACCGUCACCGCUCCCACGAGGCUGGACCGGCUUCGUCGCGUUGUCCAGAGAAGCAACGAGCUGGGGCGGGAGUCCGAAGAGGCCGAGCGUAACGCCAGAUGGGCUCCUCCACCUUCGCGCCUGAGACGUCGCCGCUACAGGGAUCCCACCGAACAGCAAUGGAAUGUCAAGAGACGGAAGCUGACUCACGAGUCAAACUACAAAUACGGCCGUUAUGGCCAGGUUGAGCCUGGCAGGUUGAGGCUUGAACUCGAGAGCUGCGAUGGCGAAGUCCACAAUGAAGAGUGUAGCGGCAUCGACUUUGGACCCGAGAACAUCCUCAAGCACGACAAAAGCGUCUACUGCUCUCGCGCUUCAAAGUGCAACAUUGUCUUGCGCCAUCACGACGACUCGACCUUUUGUCUGGAGAAGCUGUACAUCAUUGCGCCUGAAAAUGGCUUCACCGCUCCGGUAAAGGAGGGUCUGGUCUAUGUCGGCAUGAGCCGAGACGACCUUCAGCCAUAUAUCAACAGCUCUACUCAUUACUUGAAUCCACCAAGGAGUCCGCCACCGCGCCGGACCCAUGAUCCCGUGCGCCUCAGUCUGCUGGAGAGUAUUCAUGAUCCCGAGGUUGCUCGUGCUAUUGGCACGCGCAGGGGUGCUGAGCUUCUUUCGCCCAUCGACUCUCCAGCAGAUGACCAGUCUCAGGACGAGGAUGAUGCUGAUGACAUGUGGAACUCCCUUCCUACAACUCGAGAUCCCUCAUGGCCUCCUAUGGAUCCAAGUCGGCAGGUUGCAAACAGAAACGACAUUGACCUCCGAAAUUGUGAUGAUCCUGCAGAUUUGAGAGAGUCUCCAGAUGGCCGCAUAGUUGUUUUGAGUGACGAGGAAAUUACCUGGCCUGAGGAUCCUACCAGGCCAGACGUGCUCGCGGAUAGAAGGCGUAGGGAGCGAAACUUGCGCGACUCGUAUGAUGAUGAGGAUAUAUGGGAGUCGAGAUAUCGGACCAAUUAUGCGCGCAUGCGUAUACGACAACCACAUAUAUCCAUGGAGCGAUCCGAAACAGCCCAGUUGAGUCCGGAGCUCGAUCGUUAUAAAAGCGAUACUGUCGCGAGAGCGCGAUUUAAGAUCAAGGACAACAGACACCGGAUAGCCAUAAAGUUUGAUCCUCCAGUGUACAACAUUGAUAUACAGACCGUUAUGGCAACUGGCUUUGCGGGACCGAGAUACUUCCCGGUGAUUCAGUUCAAAUGA